AUGAACGUCGAAAAGCUUUUAAAAUUGGUUGAUCUGUUUCUGGGGGCUGUGAUCUUGGGCAGUGUUUGUGCCGAGAAAGACGUUUUUUUGACGAAAAUGGAAUGCCGAAAUUAUAUGCCAGAAUUAGUGAGAAACGUAAGCUGCAAUUUAAAUCAAACAUCCCACCGCACUGGUUCAAUAGAUGCAGAGUUUAUAUUGACCCAAGAUGUUGAGAACCUGAAGGGCAUUUUCAUCUUGACACUUAAAAGAGGGUCCCACGGGACAAACUUUACUACUUUGAAUAUAGACUAUUGUCAAAUACUGUCAAGUGUUGAAAAACAUUUUAUACCUAAGAUGGUUACUACUCAACUUCGCCAAAUAUCCAAUUUUCCGCUGCAGUGUCCGUUGAAAAUGAAUACGCGGUAUUAUGUAAAGGAAUUUACAAUUAAUUCAAAAUUUAUACCUAGUUAUAUGCCAGAAACGAACUUCAUUUCGGAUGCUCAUUUAAACAUUAAGAAUCGCAAAGCAUUUCGGUUUCUUAUUGAGGGUCGCUUUUCUACCAGACUUCAGCAAAAAUAUAAUAAAAGCUAA